UCUCCGGUGAACCGGGACGAACCCGCCUCCAGUCCCGCGCACGCUGAGCUGAUGUCCGGCUUCGACCUGGUCCCGGUGGACGGCGGCGGCCCGGUCCACCUGCCGCCGGGGGAGACGGUGCUGGGCAGGGGCCCGUUACUGGGAGUCAGUGAUAAGAGAGUGUCCAGACACCACGGGCUGCUGGAGAACCUGAACGGACAGCUGCGACUCAAACCCACCCACCUGAACCCGUGCUUCUUUCAGUCGUCCUUGACCGACGACCCUCGACCUCUGAAGAGAGACUCCUGGUACCCUCUCCAUCACGGAGACUUCUUCUCUCUGCUGCCGGGGCAGUUCAUCUACAAGGUGGUGGCCGUGGGUGGAGAAGAGAGCACUCCCAGCAACAGUCAGGAAUUUGAAGGAGAAGAAAAGGAGGAAGUUCCCAGUCCUCCAGAGCCGGAUGUGGAACCAGAUCAUCCAGUAAGACCAGACCGAGAACGGACGCCAUCUCACGAGGAGCCGACGUUAGCGGCUCUGUCGAACGAGGAGGAGGAGGAAGGAAGUUUAAAUAAGGGAGACUCAGCUCCUCAGAGGGAAGUGAAGAAUUAUCACAACAACGUUGCUAAGCCUGCAAUCAAGAAAAGAGUUUUACCUGCGUGGAUGAUGGUGGCGGCGGCGGCUCCAAGCAGUUCGUCCUCCAGCCCCAAAGUUCAGUCGACUGUGAAGAGACGUAAAACACCUGCAGCAGCCAAACAGGCCACGCCCACUGUGACCUCUGCACCUGAGGAGGCGGAGCUUAGUGAGAAGGAGGAGGAGGAGAGGCCGAGGAAGAAGAGGAGGAAGGACGUCUCCUCAGAGAAACCAUCAGUCCGGUGUCAGGGCGGAUCCAACAGAUCUGAGGUCAGCGACGAGUCUGACAACUUCACCAUGGAGGUGGAGGAGGAGGGAAAAGGAGGAGAAACGUCCACAGCCGACAGAAACUCCCAGACACCGACAUCUGAAGUCAGCUCUGAGAAGAAGUCGACGAACGGACGACAAACGACUAAACGAGCGGAGUUGAACAGUAGCUCGGCGUCCAAACCUCGACUCAGGACGCCAUGUCCGUACGGGAAGGACUGCUACAGGAAGAACCCGGUCCAUUUCCAGGAGUGCAGUCACCCCGGUGACACCGACUAUGAUGAGGAGGAGGAGGAGGAGGAGGCAGACCGACCUGAGUGUCCCUACGGCACUGACUGCUACAGGAAAAAUCCUCUUCACAGGAAGGAAUUCAAACACACAAAGAAACCAGCUCGCUCCAAACGCACCGUCCCCAAAAAGAGGCCUGAUGACAAUGAAGACGAGGACGAAGACCUCGGGGACGACGACAGCUUCAUUAAUGACGACAGCGAGGACGUGGGCGAUGACUCAGACUACGUCCCUCCUGAGUCAGACGACAGUGGGAAGGAGGACAUCAGACGGCUGCAGGAGGAAGCAAAGGGCUUCCUGAAGAGGAGGAAGUAGACCCGGCUCCCUCGUGUCGUUUGUGUUUGUAGUUUAUUUUUAAAGCUGCUGCACCGAGCGGGAGUUUGUUUUUUAUAUGCACAGAGUUUAAUGAGACUAAAUCACCUGAAGGAGCUGCAGCAGAGACAAACACCAGCUGAGGCCUCGACACAUUCAUUCACACUGUGCUGGAAUGAGUCCAAGAUCUGAUCGAAUCCUUCAGAACUGAGAAAACUACACUACAACUACAUCUCGUUUUGGCACUGAAACGUAUCUGCAGCACCUUGUUUCUAAACAUUUGCCAGUUUCAGUUUGUAUUUUUGUAGAAAAACAUGUUUAUAGUUCUUGAAGUAAAAGGUAUCAGGUAUCAGAACCAGUGUCAAGUCCCUGACGCCUCUGUCGUUUAUUUCAGGUAAUAAAAGUUGAUGAACACCUGUACAGAAGUCGAGGGUGGAGUUAGAUGGAAGUAGGUUCAACUAUUGGACAUUUUAUAUCUCUCCUGCCUCCACAGAAACUCUCAGGGUUUCUUAAACUCUCCUUAAAGUUAAAUAAUAAAGGUAAACAGUGGUUUAAUCACAGCUCAGAGGACCGUCCACAGCUCAAAGGUUUGGAAAACCUCGAAGUAGUUAGAGGACGAUUUUGUAUCAGGGAUAACUAAGUGACUGGGAGUGAUUUUCUUUUCUGCUUCGCAAACAUUUAGACGAUGAUUCACCAGGGUCUCAUUUUCCUAAAAUCACCUAAAGGCUGAGAGGAACCGUAAAAAGUACAAGAAGAAACUGGAAACUCUUAGAAACAAACGUAGAUUAGAUGCAGGAGGAACCAAAAACAUGAUUAAUUUCAGUUUUUAUCCAUUUUCAGUUCAGUCCUCCUCUCUAAUCUGUUCUGGUUUAAAUAACACGUUCCUGGCAGUGAAUUUUCAGGCUUCACUUUUUUUCCUGCAGAUUCAUGGAGUUCAGAGGAACCGUUAUAUUUCAGGGUUAAUGUGAGACUCAGAGUAACAUCUGUCUCAGGCAGCAGACGAGUCAACAUCUGAACCAACUCUCGCUCAGGAACAGUCAUGAAGCUGUUUUUACCAAACCCUCUAGAAAACCCUCUGACCUUCUUGGACUGAUCGUUACUGAUGAACGAGGUUCUGGUCUCAGCCUCUCGUCUGUUUACUGACAUCGGCUCACAACAUUUCUGACUUUGUUUUUUUUCCUCUCUUUUGAACUUACUUCCAGCUGCUGCUGUUUUUGCAGGCGUCGUCAUGACAACCACAAACUAAACAACUGGUUGUAAAACUUGAGGUUGUUUAAAGGAACACGUCUCUGAAAAUCUGUCCGGCUGCAGCUUUAGAUGAAGAAAUGUUCCUGCAUUGUUUGCUCUGAGUUUGUGUUUUAGCAACUGGGACAAACCACUAAAUCUAAACUGGGAAUCCUGUGGAAAUAUUCCAGCAGUGGUUUAAUCCAGGAUGGAGCAGGAACAUAUUAGAUUUGAAGCUUCAUUGGUUUUAAUUCAUUUGUUCUUGUACAUAUGUAAAAAAUAGUUUUAGGAGUUUUAGGAGCAGGUUUCUUAUGAUUCUUACUCUGUCUGUCUCUGACUGUUUCUUCUUGUUUAAAUACAUCUGAUGAAAAUGAA